UGUACAACUAAAACAAGAAAACCAGUAAAGAGCAAAUCAAUUAGAAGUCUAUUUGUUUGUUUUCCUAGUCUUCUUCCUGCUUCAUGAGAUAAGCAUUUUCAUUAAAGAAGAAAGGCCAAGAUUGAUUGAUGAGUCUAGUGGACAGAACAAUCAAUGUGAGGCGUACGGAAUAUCAUGAUGGGUAGUGAUCAACUAGAUGUGAAUAAGCUUCCAAUAAUAGAUUUUAGGAAGGGAGAGUUGAAAGAAGGGAGUGAAGAAUGGAUAUCAUUGAGGGAACAAGUGUACAAAGCAUUAGAAGAAUAUGGUUGUUUUGAAGCAUUACUUGAUGGAGUUCCAAAAGAGAAACUAUAUGAUAAGUUGAAACAAGUUUAUAACUUACCUAAUUUGGACACAAAAUUUACAAAUUCUCAAACUUCAUCAUCUUCUGGUUAUUUUAAGGAUAACCCUCUCAUUCCACUUUAUGAGAGAAUGACUAUUCACCAUGUCCUCUCUCCUGGUGUUAUCCAAAGCUUUUUUUCCAACAUCAUGUUGCCUGAUCAUGGAGACUCACAAUUUUGUGAUUUGGUGCAUGGUUAUGCCAAGGGAUUAUCAGAAUUUGAUGAGAUGAUAAGAAAAAUGAUAUUUGCGAAAUUGGGGAUAUUUGAAAAAUAUUGGGAUGAGCACAAAAAUUCAACAAGCAGCUUACUUGGCAUGUUGCAUUACAGAGUGCCUAAAGAUGAUGAGACAAAUGUUGGACUACCUGCUCAUACUGAUAAACUAAUUACAACUAUUUUAAGCCAACAUCAAAUUGGUGUAGGUGGGUUGCAAAUUAUGAAGAAAAAUGGAGAGUGGAUUGAUGUUGAAUACUCAUCACCUCAUUCGUUCAUAUUCCUUGUUAGUGACAUUUUGACUGCAAUUACAAAUGGUAGGUUGCCUUGUCCAUAUCAUAGAGUGAAUAUGGGAAACACAGAGAGAUAUUCCAUUGGAUUUUCAUCAAUUGCCAAACAAGGAUAUAUCAUAAAAGUUGCAGAGGAACUUAUUGAUGAACAUCACCCUUUGCUUUAUAAGCCCUUUGAUGCUCUCAAAUUUUUUCAGUAUUGUCUCUCAAGGGAUCAUAAAGACGGUGCUCCCACCCUCGAGGGCUUCUGUGGCGUCUGAGCUUUGACAGUCGUCUAUCUUCUAUCUUAUUUUCAAAAUUUCGACAUUCCUUGAAUAAUCUGAUGGUGUGAGAAUUUUUUAAAUUUAUGGUGUGUAAAAUUUAAACAUGUGUGAAAUAAUUUUGUAUGCUUAAAAUUAUAAAUCCAGCAAAGGUUCAUCUUAUGGUA